AUGCUGUCCCUCGACGAGGCCAUGCAGCUCGACUUCGCCGCCGGCCUGCCGCUGCUGCCAGACGACAUGGACGCCGUCGGCUUCGGCUUCGACGAUUUCGAUUUCGAUUUCGAUUUCGAUUUCGAAGCGACGACGGCCGGCGAUGCUGGUGGUGGUUUCGGUUUCCAUACUGAUACGACGGCUGGCGGCGCUUCGAGCUGCACGUCGCCCGUCGUAGGCGCCGUGUCGGCGCCGGCGGCUGGCAUUAUCGCCGGCGCCGGCGCCGCCGACGGCGACGAGGAGGAGGAGCGGCUUCGGCGGCUGAAGCGCAAGAUAUCGAACCGGGAGUCGGCGCGGCGGUCGCGCGCGCGGCGGCGGCAGCGUGCGGAGGAGCUCGGGCGGACCGCGGAGGCGCUCCGUGCGCAGCGGCGCGCGCUGGCGGCGAGGGCGGGCGCUGCGACGGCGCGCACGAUGGCGGUGCGGCUCGACAACGCGCGGCUCCAGGCGGAGGCCCGCGCGCUCCGGCGCCGGCUGGGCGGCGCGCAGAGGCAGGCCGUCCUGCUGCUCGCGCUGGCACGCGCGCGGGCAGUUGCGGCUGUGCCGGCGCAGCAGGUCGCUGGCGUCGUCGCGGCCGGGACGAUGAUGACGCGGUGA